GCACUGAAGCUGGCAGGAGCCCAGGUCCUGGAGCCAGUGAUGUCCCUCGAGGUGACUGUGGAUGAGGGGCUCCUCAGCUUUGUGCUGGGGGACUUGGCCCAAAGACGAGGGAUGGUUCGAGAGAUACAGAGCCGCCAUGACAGCAAGGUGCUGCUGGCCACGGUGCCGCUAGCGGAGAUGAUGGGCUACUCAACCACGCUGCGAACUUUGACCUCUGGCAAUGCCACCUUCUCACUGGAGCUGGACACCUAUGAGGCCAUGAACCCCCAGGACCAGAACUCUCUGCUGAAGAAGAUGUCUGGUCUGCUGUGAUCCUGACAAGCUGCUGAGGCUGGGACUAAUUAUCAGGCCUCUGAUGAACUCUCUGAGGGUGUGAGCUCAGAUCUGUUAUGGUCAUUUAGCAGACAUUUCAUUCCUGUACCAUGAAAAGGUGGGAAACCAUGCGAUUCCCUGAGCAUGGAUGGUUAAACUUGGUCAUUUUAACAGGUAUUGAACCAAAAUUUGGUGUGGAAGUUGAGUCCUCCCUAAUACUCUGACCUCAACUUAAAAAUAAAAACAUUAAACACCA